UUGCCGGUCAAUCGGCUCGUGUCGUCGUCGCCUUCAAAGUCAAAGAUGGCGACUUUCAGAUUCUUCCUCCUAUCGGCGGCAUUUAUUUGCGCAAAUGCAUUGUCAAAUCCACCAGUAACAAGAAACACAAUUUUUCUAGAUGAAAAAUUAGAAGGUCAAAUAUUCGAAAAUAUCGACGAUUACGAAAAUAUCGCUAAAAAUGCUGUUCAACUGAACUACCGUCUACCGACGACUACUCGUCCAGUCCACUACGAUAUUCUAUGGGCGGUUGACAUAGACAGGUUUAUGCUUACUGGUAGAGUUGAAAUUCAGCUGGUUGCUACUCAAGCUAAUGUGGCUGAAAUCGUCAUUCACUCCCAUGAUCAGAACCUUACUUCAGUUCAAUUGCAACUGGGGACUACGCUUAUUCCCCAGACUUAUGUUGUUGAUUCUGAAUUGCACUUUUUGAGAGUGAGACUGGCGACUGGAUCUUUGCAAUAUAAUGCACAAACACCCAUUAUAUACAGACUUAUUAUAGAAUUCAGUUCUGAAUUAAGAAAUGACAUGUAUGGAAUAUAUAGGAGUUGGUUUAGAAAUACGCCUUCCCAAGCCACAGUAAGCUGGAUGGCAUCAACACAAUUCCAAGCAACUUCAGCGCGGUUUGCUUUCCCUUGUUAUGACGAACCGAGUUUUAAGGCUACCUUCGAUAUUGUCAUCAGACGUCCAACUUCUUAUAGAAGUUGGUCAUGUACGAGAAUUAGAGAAACACGCAAUAGUGUUAUACCUAACUACCAAGAAGAUGUCUACCAUACUACACCUGUAAUGUCAACAUAUCUACUCGCCCUCGUUGUCGCUCAAUAUGAAUCAAUGUCUGUUACACAAAACAAUCUUCUCACCUACGAAUUGAUUGCAAGAGAAUCAGCUAUCCGUGAAAGGCAAGGAGAUUAUGCCUUGGAGGUCGGCCAGCUUCUUACGGAGAGCAUGAAUGUACACACUGGAAUUGAAUAUUUCAGUAUACACCCUAACCUAAAAAUGACUCACGCUGCCAUUCCUGAUUUCUCAGCCGGAGCUAUGGAGAACUGGGGUCUGAUCACAUACAGGGAAGCUUAUUUGAUGUACGACCAAAAUAAUACGAAUGAUUACUUCAAACAGCUGAUUGCUUACAUUUUGUCUCACGAAAUCGCCCACAUGUGGUUCGGUAACUUAGUUACCUGCGAAUUCUGGGACAGUUUAUGGCUUAACGAAGGCUUUGCCCGAUACUAUCAAUACUUCCUCACUCACUGGGUCGAAGAUUACAUGGGAUUAGACACACGUUUUAUUAAUGAACAAAUGCAUACGGCCUUAUUGUUUGAUUCUUCUGAAUCAGCCCACCCAUUGACUAAUCCCAAUAUUGGUAGCCCUGCGUCAGUCCGUACUAUGUUCUCUACUAUAUCUUACAAUAAAGGUGCUGCUAUUAUUCGGAUGACGGAACAUCUCCUUGGUACCGUGGUACAUACUGAUGGACUUCGUAGAUACUUAAAUGAACGUCGCUUCGAUAUUGCAGCACCAAUUCACCUCUUCCGAGCCCUCGAAACGGCCGGUAUUGCGGCUGGCGCUCUUUCACAGUAUGGCAACUUCUCAUUGGUUGAAUAUUAUAGAAGCUGGACUGAGCAAAGCGGUCAUCCUAUCUUAAAUGUUCAAGUCAAUCACCAGACUGGAGAUAUGAUCAUUACUCAGCGUCGUUUCAGCAUUAACACCGGAUAUGCCGCGUCGAACUUAAACUACAUCAUUCCUAUCACAUUUGCGACUGCUGCAAAUCCUAACUUCAAUGACCUCAAGCCUAGUCACAUCCUUAGCAGAGCAGUAACUGUUGUGAACCGCGGCUCAAUAGGAGACCAAUGGGUCAUCUUUAAUAAACAACAGACCGGUUUCUAUAGAGUUAAUUAUGACCCAUACACUUGGGAUCUAAUCGUCGUAGCAUUACGUGGUGCAAAUAGAACAUUGAUUCACGAAUAUAAUAGGGCACAGAUCGUUGAUGAUGUCUUCCAAUUCGCACGAGCUGGUCUUAUGUCAUACAGCAGAGCUUUUAAUAUUCUCUCUUUCCUUGAAAAUGAGACCGAAUACGCCCCAUGGGUCGCUGCGCUGACCGGCUUUAAUUGGCUUAGGAACAGGCUUGCUGGAACUACUUAUCUUACUCGAUUGGAGGCCCAAAUAAGUCGCUGGGCAACUAAUGUGAUGACCCAAUUAGGUUAUACGCCAGUUACUGGUGAGACCUUCAUGAGGUCAUACCUAAGGUACCAAUUGGCACCUUUAAUGUGUAACCUGAACGUGGCCGCAUGUCGUAAUGCAGCAACAACUCAAUUCCGUGCACUCGUCACCAUCGGAACUCCAGUUCCUGUGAAUAGUCGUAAUUGGGUAUACUGCAAUGGUCUUCGAGAUGGAACAGUCGCUGACUUUGAUUUCCUCUGGCAGCGCUAUAAUGAACAUAAUACUUACACUGAAAAAAUCUUACUUCUUCAGACUCUUGGAUGUACACCUCAUGCCGUAUCACUUAACAGGUUCCUGAAUGAAAUCGUUACGGAAAAUUUUGUUAUCCGUCCUCAAGAUUACAGUGUUGCUUUUAACAGCGCUCUUAAUGGCAACGAAGGAAAUACUCGUAUUGUCUUGGAAUACAUUCAAAAUAACUUACAAGCCGUCCUUAACGCUUUCGGAUCUGCAUCUCCUUUAACAUCAGUAAUUUCAAGAUUGCGUACUGUUGCUGAAAUCAAUCAGUUCCAAACCUGGGCUAACCAAAAUCAAGUCGCACUGGGAGAGUAUUAUCAAGGCAUCACUGAGAGCACGAACUCUGUACGUCAGAGUCUUCUUUGGGUCGGUACGGUCCAGGAUGACUUAGACGAUUACUUCGUCAAUGGUGACGCGGUCGUUACCCCUAGCACUGUCACGUCACCACCAGUGACUACACCCGUCACUGUGGCACCACCGCAGUUGGUCGAACCUGAAUCACCCAACCUACCUGAUUCAGCAAUAACAUCCGUACUAUCAGUUACAGCACUUUUAUUAGCAUUUGUGGUUAAUGUUUUUGUAUAGCUAUUAAAUAAAUAAAGCCUAAGUGCGUA